AUGUCUAGUUUUGUUAAUAUUCUUGCACUUCUGCCUUUGGCACUGGCUGCCAGCCCAGUCAUGAUGAUGCCUAAUCAGGCCAUGGUUUUCAAAGAAAACGACUUCGCAGUGAAUGCCGGCCGAAAAGGAAUGCUUGUUGCAUCUGAUGGAAAUUGCAUGAAUUUCAAUAGCAUGCCCGAAUAUCGCAUGAACGUUGGAUCAGUCUAUGUGCCAUGUCCGUCCGAGGUCAAGCAGGAUAUGAUGUGCUCAUUUUACUCUACUGAACCAUCUAGCGACAACUCUUGCAACAAGGAGCUGUUUACGUUUACCCGACCCCAUGCGAAUUUGUUCAGACAUGCUGUUGGCGAUGGUGUUGGUAAACAUGUCAGAAGCAUGAAGUGCAUGUCAGUUCAUUCUCCUGCUGACAGACAGGGACAUAUCUUUUUAAGUGAUCAUGCGUCUACCAAGAGUCCAAGCAGCUGCCCCAAUGACAUCUGCUCCACUGAGCUGAACUGUCAAUCAACUCACCCAGAUUAUGGCAUGUACUGCUCUUCAAGCUCUAUGACGUGCCAGCGAACUUCUGUGGUUGGCGCCCUUUGCAUGGAAGACGCGCAGUGUGUCGCGAGUCAUUGCCAGAGUGGAAUGUGUAUGGCUGCCGCAGAGAACCUGCGCUGCCAGCAGGGCUCUGAGUGUCCUUCUGGCUUACGGUGCCGUCCUACCCGUGUUCUCAAUUCUUUUGGAGCUUCUAGUGUCGAGAUGAUCUGCAUGAAGAAUGAGGAUGUUCGCGGCGUGGAGUGCUCCUCUGAAAAGCCCUGCCCAGGCCGCAUGUCGUGCAGUCUUCAACAUGAGAAUAACGCAUACUUGAUUUUCUUUGUGGAGGAUGUCAAGCUUGGAGGAAAUGGUAUUUAA